AUCGCGCCACGGUUGUCAAAAAAAUUGUAAACAACACGCCGGCGACGAUUUGCGACGACAUUAUUCUCAUGUAAUAGCAUUAUUACGUUGACAAGUUUUACUACAAAGUGAGUGUGCUAUGGAGGAAGUGCAACGACAUUCGGUGCACACGCUGGUGUUCCGUUCCUUGAAGAGAACCCACGACUUUUUCGUGGCAAACCAAUCGCUGCUCCCGGAGCUGGACGAAAAGCUCGAAAAGUCCAAAUUUUCCAUCAAGGCACGUGAUUCCUACGGGCUGGUAUUGGAUCGCGCUGCGAAUGCCAAGAAUGUGUCCAUCAGACGGAACGAAAUGAUUAGACAGGAUUCCGGAGCGAAUCCAACUCAGGAGCACAUGCUGGCGAUCACUGCCGGAGGUGAACAGGACCAGGGCGCCAACACUCAAACCGCGCUUUUGCCAGUGGGGAACGCACAGAGCGGCCACAAUGCUAAUUCCAACACUGUUCAGAUAUUGCCCAAGAAGGCACCCACAAUCCCGAAACCCAAAUGGCAUGCCCCGUGGAAGUUGUGUCGUGUCAUCUCCGGCCACUUGGGAUGGGUUCGGUGCGUCGCCGUGGAACCGGGUAACGAAUGGUUUGCCACUGGAGCCGCGGACCGGGUCAUCAAGGUAUGGGACUUGGCCAGCGGCAAGCUGAAGCUCUCGCUGACCGGUCACGUAAGUACCGUCCGGGGGCUCUGCGUGAGUCCACGGCAUCCGUAUCUUUUCAGCUGCGGGGAGGAUCGGCAGGUCAAAUGUUGGGAUUUGGAGUACAAUAAGGUCAUCCGGCAUUACCACGGGCAUUUGUCGGCGGUUUACACGAUGGCGCUCCAUCCGACCAUCGAUGUCCUGGUGACGGCUGGGCGGGAUUCGACAGCUCGGGUGUGGGACAUGCGAACGAAGGCAAAUAUUCACACGCUGGGCGGCCAUACCAAUACGGUGGCCAGUGUGGUUUGCCAGGCGGCCAAUCCGCAGGUGAUAACCGGUAGUCACGACUCGACCGUGCGCCUGUGGGAUCUUGCAGCAGGAAAGAGCAUGUGCACGCUGACCAAUCACAAGAAGAGUGUCCGAAGCAUCGUGCUGCAUCCGUCGCUCUACAUGUUUGCGUCGGCCUCGCCGGACAACAUCAAGCAGUGGCGCUGCCCGGAAGGAAAUUUCAUUCAGAAUCUGAACGGUCACAACUCGAUCGUAAACACAAUGGCGGUAAAUCCAGAGGGAGUGCUGGUGUCUGGCGGCGACAACGGAACCAUGUUCUUUUGGGACUGGCGUACGGGGUACAACUUCCAGCGCUUCCAGGCGGCGGUUCAGCCGGGCUCGAUGGACAGCGAGGCGGGAAUCUUCGCCAUGACGUUCGAUAUGUCCGGCUCGAGGCUGAUCACAACCGAGGCCGAUAAGACGAUCAAGAUCUAUAAGGAGGAUGACGAGGCGACGGAGGAGUCGCACCCGGUCAACUGGCGACCGGAGAUUAUCAAGCGAAGGAAGUAUUAAGGACGGGAGCGAUUUUUACAUUUUUUCUGAAUACCUUAUUACAGCUCUAAGGUGAAA